AUGCUCACUGCAACUGUAAUACUUUGCAGUCUCCUGUUCCCCUCUUUGGGGUGGACAAUGCCGGCUGCAGAUAUUCAUCUUGAACGCCGAGGUGUUCCUCCUGAAAUUUUGACCUGGUUCACGGUGUUUUCUGAAUAUUCUGCUGCUGCUACUUGUGCAGCAAACUUUGACUCCCACGGGUCAAAGGUCGUCUGCGAUCCAGGUGUAUGCCCAAUUUUGCAGCAGCUAGACACACAAGUCAUUACUGGAUUCAUGGGCCACUAUCCAGGCAAUACCACUGGCUUUCUGGCAGUCGACAACACAAAUGGAUUGAUCAUUCUGUCAUUCCGUGGUACCCGGACUCCAGGCAAUACGGUAACCGACCUUGAAUAUGAACAGGUGCCUAUCUAUGGCAUUUGUGGUGCAGGCUGCUAUGUGCAUCAUGGUUAUUAUUAUGCCUGGGGAAACUUCUCACAAUACAUAAUGCCACGCGUUAGGCAGCUUUCUGCUCAAUAUCCGCAGUAUUCUAUUGUCUUCACAGGUCAUAGUCUUGGAGGUGCACUAGCUACACUUGGUGCAGUACUUGAGGGGACUGUUAACAAUAGACCCAUUAAUUUGUAUACCUUUGGUUGCCCUCAAUUAGGGAAUCAUACUUUCGCUGGGUUUAUCAGUGAUAAUACAGUAGGCCGUGGAUAUAGAGUAACACAUUCAGACGAUCCAGUUCCAAGGGCCUUCUCUACUACCCCUUUGGUUAAUAGGACUUGGCAGUACAGCACAACAUCUCCAGAAUUCUGGAUCACUUCAGGAAAUGACCAGCCAGUCACGGAAAGUGAUGUCGAAGUAAUUUGGGGCAUUGACAACAAGAAUGGGAACCUUGGCACGGCAGGAAUGGACCUUGCGGCUCAUAAUUGGUAUAUUGGCAACAUGAGUGGGUGCUUAACUAACUGA